UCUAUUACUCUGCUAAUUUACAAUUAAAGUCUAUGAUCAUCGUCAAUCUAUCAAAAUAAAAAUUGUACAACGAAAGUCAAAAACUCAAAAUAAAUAGUGUGUACGUUUUGAAAUUAAUUUUGAAAUGUGUUAGUAUAGGUUUAUGUGUUAGAAUAACAUCAAACUAUCAUAUAAAUGCGUGUUAUAAGUUUGCAGAUCGAAAAUAAAAUGAAACAUGAAUAGCAAGAUCCUAAACACAAUAGCUAAUGCUAUAGACAAUAGAGAGGAAUUAAAGAAAAGGAUAGAAAAUGGUAAAAUUAUUCAUCAAGAAUUACAAAAUUGUGUACAAAGUUGUUUAAGUCGAUUUGGUGGAAAAUCUGAACUUGCCACUGAGGAUGAUAUUAGAAUAGCACAACUAUGUGAAAAAUGGGAGAAGCUACUUAGCCACGGCAUUAGAACUAAUUUAUCAAACUCAGCAAUUCAAAACUUGGUUACUGCAGGUUUAAACUUCACUUUUAAUAUUGUUAAUGUUGGCAAUUCUCUAUGGAGCUAUACUUGUCUACACCUAACAAAACAUGAAAAAGAGAGGUUUAAAAUUCUUACAAAUAUCAACACUCCACUUGGAUAUUUUAGAGCAUUUCUUAGAGCUGCUUUAAAUGAGAGAUCCCUCGACAGAUAUCUGCAAAGUUGGGUUGCUCAUGGUCUUCUCAUGGAAUAUUAUGAAGAAGGUGCUCUUGUGAGAGACCCUGACACUUCACAACUUCUCCCAAGCACAGCAGCAGGUUUAUCAACAGUAUUGUUUGCAUUAUCAAUAGACAGACCAGAGUUGAAUGAUUCACAACAAGCUAAUUAUUCUAGUAAAGCAGAACAUGUGAUACCAUUGCCAAUGCCUGUGAAAUCAUCGAGUAAUCUAAAACGGAAACCUUUACGCCAAGUUAUAUCUUUUGAUAAAAAUGAACAAAAGAACACAAUGGUAAAUAAAAGAAAAUCACUAGGUGCUGCAGAACAAGUGGAUAAUUCUGCUUGGAAUAGUGCACCAGCUACCUGCCUCAACUCACCGGAUCCUAAAAUUGUAGCACAAGCAGCCUCAAGUAGUGAGCCCACUAGUUCUGAAUACAAGAGCAGUCUCAGACACUUCUUUCCAGACAGUGUGAAAGGCAUCGACAGUCCUUCACAAAUUCUGUCGAAACUAUCAGAAUGCGCGAAGGAAAUAUUCUCCUCAUCCAACAGUAUUGAUGUGAAUAACGUAAUAAAGGACGAUGUUUCUGAGAUAAGUGUAAAUAAUUUAAAGAUAUCUGAGAGUGACAGUGAAGAAGUCGCGGGCAGCAUUGAUGGAAGCACUUCAUGCUUAGAACUGUGUUUUACAGAAGAUGAGAGUGUGCCCGAGGAUAAGACAUUCAAUUCGGUUUUAGAUAAUAAGGAAAAAGAGUAUUUAAACUUACAAAUGAAGUUUACACAAAUGGAAUUAGCUAGUAAGGAGAAAAUUAAGAAAUUAGAAAAUGUAGUAUUGGAUCUGAGCAAAGAAAAUGAUCGAUUAAAAGAACAGUUGCGCCAGUACAUGUCGGCUGUGGAAAUAGGGAAAGCUUUAAAACUCGAUGGUGGUGAUAGCGCCGAAGUUGAUCAAUAUGAAAGAAAGCUAGUGCAGGUGGCUGAAAUGCAUGCAGAGUUAAUGGAGUUUAACACAUAUCUACAACAGCGACUGAAGGAAUACGAGAGUAUAUCCGCUAUGGAGGUGCUCGAUUAUCCAGAGUCUAAUGUAAAGGCUCACAUACCUAGCGCAUUCCUGAUCGGCAAGAAAGCACAUUCCUACCAUGUUUAUCAGAUUUACUUAAAAAUAGGGCAAGAGGAAUGGAACGUGUAUCACAGAUACGCCAAGUUCCACGAACUUCAUAUGCAGCUGAAGAAAUGCCAUCCCGAUAUAGCUACCUAUAAGUUUCCACCAAAGAAAACGUUAAGAAAACGGGAUGCUCAUCUAGUGGAACAGCGGAGAGUGGCGUUACAAGCGUAUCUGCGACACAUUCUACUCGUAUUGCCGGAGCUUAGAGACUGCACCAAUCGCACUCAGCUUAUCACAUUACUACCUUUCUUUGGAACCUCAUCUACUACUAAGGAAAAUGGUCUGAGUCACGCACUGGACCGCCAGCAAUCAAACGAUUCUAUUGCAUCAUACAAUGCACUAUGAUGUCACUAUGAGUACAGUCUCGACAAGUUUUCUACUUGACCUUUAGACAUAUGCACAGUGAGAAACAAACUACGAAAUAUAAAUUAUUUUUAUGUUUAUAGAGAUGUAUAGUAUAGAUUAUUAUUGACUUUCUUAUUUUUAGAAGAUAAUAUAGGAUUAAAAAUCAGGCUUGUGAUUGUAAUGUAAUUGCGUACAAUAGAUGCCGACACUUUACAAAGAGAUAAUAUUAUGUACAUAUGUAAAAAAGCAAUUUAUAAUUUGUGUAUGAAUUCAGGUGCUCUUUUGGAAACCUAGAGAUAGUUAGUGCUGCCGGUACCUACCUACUUAUAUUAUUUAAUUAUUGUGGAUGAGUAUGGCUGCUUUACUUUGGACUAACACAAGUAAGUGUGUUUGGAGUAAGAUAGGGUUAUUUUUCUUUGUUAUAGUGUGAAAAAUCACGUAUGUGACACUCUCAUGGUUCGCGGGAGACGGGAGGCGUGGGCCGCGGGGAUGAUUCAUGUUGAUGUCGUAGUUUAAAAAUAUUUUGAAAAGAUUUUUAUUAUUAAAAUAUAAAUUAAUAUAAGAACUAGAAAGGUACUUUCAAAGUUCAUGUGUCGUUAAGCAGCUAGAAGUCAAUAAUUUAAAAUAUAAAAUGAGUGGGGUACUCGGAGAGUGAACGUUUAGGUUUCUUAGGCAAUCUUAUACAUUCACAUAUUAUAUAUUCGAAAUAUUGAAUGUUCACAAAAACAUACCACAAUCUAAGAAAAGUAGUGUACAAUUUAACAUAAUAAAAUUAAUUUACGAGACGUAUGCAGAUGAAUUUUACCAAAGCCAUUAAUAAUCUCUAAAGUUCCAAAAAGAGCUACCCAUGCUAAUGGAAUAAAUAUUUUAUACAGGAUGUUAUUUAGGAUGUAGAAAUGUUAUAUAUCAGUAAACCACAAUACA